AUGUGUUCCACUUGCUCGGAAGCUAUCUGCGCUGAUGGAACAUGUCUCCGGCGACAACAACUGUGCGACGGCAAGAAAGACUGUAGCGAUGGUUCGGAUGAGGAAGGCUGUGAUCAACUUUCCUUCCGCUUUGUCGACGGGAAUGAGGUUAACGGAAACGUUCAAGUGUCAUUCAAAGGGAUGUGGCAAUCAGUUUGUGCUCAGAACGUUGGAGAGGAUUCUGCGAACACCAUUUGCCAUAAAAUGAAUAUGGGAACCCCAGCAAAUGUGCUCACAGCAAGUGUGCUAAAUUCUUUUGGUUGGCAGAUAAACUGCGAUGGACGUUGCUCACUUCGUGGAUAUACUUUCUGUCAGUAUGGAGCGAGAAUUCGCUGCCAUUCGGCUAAACCUGAUGCUGCCGAUAUGUGCGGCGUUCGUCGAGUCUCUGGAGUGGCUCGAGAUCCACUUAUAGCUCGAUACGCGCGUGUUGUCGGAGGCUUUGAAACCACUGCAGGUGCUUUCCCGUGGACGGCUGCAGUAAGAAAUAAGGCGACGGGUGCCCAUCACUGCGGAGCUAGCGUUCUGGACAGGACCCAUCUAAUUACAGCUGCUCACUGUUUCGAAGAAGAUCGACGUCCCACGUCGUACAUAGUUGUGGUUGGAGACUGGGAUAACACCGUUAACGAAGGUCAUGAACAGAUAUUCGAUGUGUCUCGAUUUUAUUUCUACCCGCUUUAUGAAGAUCUCUUCGCUCAUGACUUGGCAAUCAUUGAAAUCAGUGGGAGAGGUAUGCGCUUUGACGAUUGGACGCAACCGAUUUGUCUUCCUCCACGCGAUUUCGUCUACCAAGCGGGGAGGAAAUGUGUGGUUUCUGGAUGGGGUAGCAUGGGCCUCACAUAUCCUUCACGUCUUCAAGCUGCUGUUCUUCCGAUAAUUGACAGAGCGGAAUGCAUGAACUCGUCCAGAAUCUACUCAUCCAUGAGCCGAUCAGCAUUCUGUGCAGGAUAUUUGCAUGGAGGUGUGGACUCGUGUCAAGGUGACUCCGGUGGCCCGUUGGCGUGCCAAAAUGGAAAUGGACCGUACGUCCUAGCGGGCGUAAUCUCAUGGGGUGAUGGAUGCGCACAAAAAGGUCAACCGGGAAUCUACACAAUGAUCCGUGCUGGAGCGCGAAAAUGCGGCGGCCGCGCCGCGACCGACGAAAAAAAACAAGCGAAGAAAAAGGCACAGCUGAGCGCUGUGAAUUUGCACAUUCUGGUGAUAAAGAUGGAUAAGUUACAGGGUGGUGACUGGAGCAGUUUCUUUCAUCAGUUCGAGGCGGUUGCUUCACAGUCGCCCGCUAAUGUUUCUCGACCUUCUAUCGUCGAUGACAAUGUGCCAUUACCUAUUGUUCGUGGACAUCACUUCGACAUUGCCUAUCAAGAGACGGUGGAUGAACACGUGAAGUGUCAGGUAUGUGGAAUGCUUCUUCGUCGAACGAUGUUUGCUGCCCAUGUUCGGCAGCGUCAUCCUGAACUCUGUCCUCCAUCACUUUCAACCGAUGACGAUUCCGGGCGUCAUUCUGGUCUGGAAUCUCCAGAUAUAAGCAGAAAUCCAAAUUUUCCCUUUUCUCCAAAACUUAUGUCUCCUCCAAUCGCCAAAGAGCCGAUCAAACUAACCAUCAGCCUGAAAGGCCACCGAAAGCACAGACGGAGGAAGACAAAACGCGAGCGUCGUGGCGAAGAUGGUCCCACCACCCCGUUUGAAGAGGAGCACCAGUCGCCCUUAUCACAUACUUCAAAUAAUGAUGAUAAUUUUUUCUGGCCCAGUGAUGAUCAGCCAGGUCCUUCAACACAAACAAAUGCACCGCUUUCUUUUGGACUUGAGCUAUCGCCUUCGGGACGAUUCAAUGUUCCAGAGAGUAGUCAAAACACUGAUAGCACCAUCACACGUAUUUCACCUAUUGUUCAAGCUCGCGCCGAGUUGGAGGAUUCCUCAGAUGAAGACUCAAGAAGAAGGAAGAGGCGGAAGAGUAGAAGGAAAGUCAAAAGAAAAGAGCAUGACGUCGCAAUACCGUCUCCCCCUUUGCGAUCACGCGUUUUGCCGGCCGUUGAACCGCUCCGGCUUGCUAUUACCCCUGAUGGUGCACGAGUGAUAGAUUCUUCCUCUCGAACGCAUCAUUCUCCACAAGGCACGUGCCGAAUUGCUAGUCAAACUGAGCGAGCUCGUCCAGAAACGCGGUCGUACACCCACUCGCAGCAGACAUCUACAAGAAGUGCUUUCACGGAUCUGAUCCAGUCCUUUCCUGCCACGUCGCAUGUCCUGCCAGUGGCGCAGCCGUUUCCCCACUUUACAUCCCAACCUACUACGUCUAAAGGAUCAGCCAGUGAAGCGCAGGCACAGGUGAUCACAGUAGGACAGCCUGCCAAGCGAGCAGAGAGAACUGAUGUGAUCAUUGACACAAUGCUUCCCCAAAUUCCUCCAGUAGCCACUGUUCUUACACCGUCAUCCUGGGUUUAUUCGCAAUCUCAAAUCACGACGGAUACUACUCUGCUUCCGGCAUACAACACACGAUCAGGAGGUAAAUCUGCUGUUGAAAGUGCUUCCUUUCGUGCUGAAGCGAUCCCGUUUGAUCCGGUAAUUAAGCCAACUGCAAUUUUGGAGCCCGAACCUGUCAAACUAGCCAGUGAGAAUACCGUAGCAGAGGAAGAUCUUGUCGAUCCUCUCUUGACUGAAAAUCGCAGACCAGUUUUACCUCAGAGGAAGACUAGACAGCCAUCAGGCUCCCAGGAGGCCUGGGAACCACUUGGAAUAAAAAGCCCGACAUAUGGAAUAGUGUUACCGGUAGCACCAAGACAGGAUAAUGAUGCUGAUGAUGCAACAGUAGCAUUUCUCACCUCAUCCCCUGAGCUACUUUCGGAAGAUGACAGUUGUGCAGUUAAGGAAGAGAUCGAAGAAGUUCAAAGCACACAAGACGUGCCACCUUCAAGAGCAGUUCGCCAGAAAUUCCGCUCAGCACCGAGUGCUACAUCAGAGAGCACUGACACGGACCAGAGAACGAUUAUUGACGUUGAGGAAGAUCAAGCGGAACGGAGAUCGAGCGACCGCGAUGGCGAAGUGCAGUCGCUAACGAUAAAAUUGGCUGCGCUGUCUCAGGACUUGGUGGCAUCUCGAGAACAGUCAGUAGAUCAACAAUCUCUGGCGAUCACAAAAUCACCAUCUGAAGGUGAUGAGAGAAGCGAUCGGGAAACUACGAGGGCCACACCUGCGGAGAGUGAUAAAGCGACUCAACCGGUUGAAAAAAAGCUCGAGCUUUCGGACCAACGUUCGAGCAGAGAAGACCUUGUGUUUACACCGGAAACUCAGUAUAUUCCUGUUUUGGAUAGUGCACAGGAAGAUCGCAUUGCAUCCGAACGGCUAGCGGAAUAUAAACGUCCGGAUAUGGCUGGAGAAGUCCUUGCGCAUUCUGCUGUAGAUCAAGCCAGCUUGGAUCGCGUAUUUGAGGAAGCUAUACAGGAGGAGUUUGUUUCGUCACAGCAGUUGGCAGCAGGGGUCAGCGCUUUGUCUAUAGAAAGCGAAAGUGGGGAAAUGCCUAUUCAUGUGCUGGUUUCCUCACGUUUUAAUGAGUCAGUGCAAGAACGGGAUGUAGCAGCGUGGCCGAAUGAGUAUGGGCAAGAAGAUAUAGAGGCAUGUGUUUGUCCUGUUGACCAUGUUAGUAAAUUGAUGAAGUACAGAGAAGAAGAAGAACUGAGUUCUUAUGAAGAGGAUUACUCAGCAGAGGACGACGAACUUGUAGACCUUCAUGAGAGUUCGGUAUCUAAUUGUCAUGAGUUGGAACAGCAAUCACAGUAUGAACAAAUACUACGACAGCAAGCGCCAUCAUCAGGCAUAUCUACGGAAGAGUUGAUAUGUCCAGAAACUCCCACUGAAGAACAGAUGUUGCAUCAAGAAAUGACUUUGCCGCAAGUAUGCGUACCACAACAAUGGCCAUCACAAUACACUUGGCGAAGUCAUUCUGGGCCACGGGAGUUAAGCGUUCAGACCACCUUUGAGAACUUAUCUCAAGUUGUUGUCCAUCAUUCUGAGCCGAUUCCACACAAGGCAACUAGCCAUAGGCCAUCUGUGCCUAUUUCUUUCAAUUCCGCUAAUAUCCCGCAGCAACUGCUGCAGUCACCACCGCCUCAUUCAUUCCCAUUACAAUGUGGUAGUCAAAAAGUUCUCUCCAGCCAAUGGCAAAUGCCACGCUACAGUACCCAAAUUUCUGCGCAGCAACCAACCGUUCAAGUUGUGGAACAAUCUACAGAUUUGAACCAACGGCAAUUGUUGUACAAGGAAGAAUUGCAGCUUAUCCAUUAUCAGUACCAGCACAGCCAGUUUCAGCCUUAUAAGCCCCAACAGCCAGUAGUUUCUGCACUAUCUAAAUCUCAUCGUCAGCCUCAAAUUCUCCCUCCAAUUUCCUUUGAACAGGAUUAUGAGAGGGCAGAACUCCAAAACGAGCAAAUCUCUCAGCAGCAACAGCAAGCAAAUUUCAUUACGCGAGGAAGACAACCCUCAGAACUUUUGGAGGAAGAGAUGAGAGCCAUGCGUUAUGUGUAUUUAAUGAAUGAGCAACGUCAUGCAAAGAAAUCAUUGGCUGAGGUAGACAAGAAAAUUGCCAGAAAGUUAGACCAGUUGGACAAUUUGAUCUUUCUGCCCGAGCUUCCACCAAUUAUCAUUGAGCCGACGGUGAUUCCCGAAGGAGUGCCUCGGCAUAGAAUGCAGGAACACAUACUUCCACCAUACUACCAUGCCCAAUUUGCUGUUAGGGAUGGUCCAUGCGUCUCUCCCCAUAAGUCUGAAAGUGAAAAUGAAUGCAGUGAUGAUGAUAUCCGUAAACUGCAAGAUAUUUUGGACUUCUCACUGCUUGAACCUCCACUACUUCAUCCUACGGUGCAAUCAAGUGCUCAACAUUCACCUCACAAAGCACAGCACGGACAAUCUCAAACAGUGGUAGAUGAACCCCAACAUCAGCAGUAUCAUUGCAGUGAAUCUUAUCGAAGUCCACAAUUUCCACUUGCAGAACAUCCACAAGAAAUUUCUAGUCAACAGCUACUAUUAGCUCCCGAGCCUUCAGCAGCACGACCUCAGCAACCGCUUGAGAUCGCAUUUUCGAAUAUAGCCGACGCCACAAUGAUAUCCAGGAAGUCAGCUUCGGGAAGUGAAGAGGAAUCGGAGAUAAGCACAGAAGAGAGUUCGGUGAACAACGAGGAAGAAUCGCAGAAAGGAUCUGAUGAUUCAACAGAUAGCGAAACUGUGAGGAAACUGUGGGACCUUAGUCCGAGUGUUUCACCGCUAACAUUAGAAGCUUUAGCCUCGGGUUUAAGCUCCCCAGAAGGAUCGGAUUCAAACGAUGGUCAAACUGGUCUACCAGUAUGGCCGACUAUUUCGAGGAAACAUGCGAAGUUAGCCAUUGCUGCAUGCAGAAACAUGCCGAAAAAGUACCAGCCAUUAUGUAGGAGAUUCGCAUGGCAACAGGGAAUUACUUAUUUGUUGGAGAAUUUUUGCCUCAAGAAAUGGGAGAUCCGUCCAGAACACGAUACAGAGUCUGUAUGGUUCUUCGAGAGAAAUGUUCGGCGGUUUAAGCCAUUUGAACUUGAGUCAUGGGAUAUUCCUGGACUCAGUUCAGAGGAUGAAAACGAUUUCUAUGGGUUCAACAUCUGUGCGGACAUCCCUAUGGAGAGAUGCAGGAAAACGAUCAGAUUGGAAGAUCAUGCCACGGUUUCAUUGAACUGCCAAGAGGUUCCAGGAUUUGUUCAGCUCUCUUCAACGGAUGAUGAGGGAUGCUCUGAUGAGGAAACGGAACAUGCUAGUAGCAUCUACUACGACGUAGAAGACAUUGCGCCAUCAUCGCUGAAGCUUUUACCUUCAUGUGCAGCUGAUGAAGACUCUUCAGAAAUGGUUUUUCAAAUUUCUGAAGAGGAAUCGAAUGAAGAAACUGAUGAAAGCUCUGAGGGGAUUUCUGCUCCUGCUACAUCACAAAAAGCAUCUGUUGUAUCAUCAAAUCGACCUGGUCCACUUCCGCAAAAGCUCUCAUAUGAGAAGCAGGAGUUUAUCGCCAGAAGUUGUUGUAAACAAUUUCUUCAACAAAUGAUGUUGCGCAAGAAAGGUGAAACUUUUAGAACUGCUGGAAGAACUGCUGUCCAAGUGACGUCACUUCUUUCUGAGCUAUAUAGUGAACAUCGCAACGCGUACGAGUUGAUGUUGGCAGAUAUUCAAGAAAUACCAACCCCAGACCAACGCGAGAUUCCAUUCUCAGAUGAUGCUGAAUGGGUUGCGUCUCGGAUUCUUGCCAUCAACCGAGCACAGAACAGAUUGUUCAUUCCAUCAUUUCCACCGUGGGCUGUGAUGCAACGUAUGUGGAAGGCGUACGGACCACUCCAGCAAGCCGCCUCUGUGGUUGGAGGAGACUUUGGAAAAUUUGUGAACGAGUGUGUUAGUGUCGCCUGUAAUCACUAUUACCGAUUGAAAAAUGGUAUUAAAGUGGCCGAUGAAAUCCCUGGUGAUCUGUUAGAUCUGUGCUACGCAAUUACAAGUGAAAGAAUGCGUGAACAUACGGAGAGUGUAGAGGCUUUGAAGAGAAAGCCUGACAGAAAGCUCAGAAAGACAAAGAAAUGGGUAAGCUUGAAAACAAGGCAACAUCAACCAUCGAUUCCUAGUCAACGCGCCGCAAAUGCGGAGCUAUUAUCGCGAUGUCAUCGAGUUUAUGAUGAAAAACGGCAGACUAAGAGAAGAAGAUGGAAUGCAAUGCGAUAUCUUCAUAAUGCUUUGCCUGGCUGUGUAAUAGAGGGAAUCGACGUAUUUGAUAUGGCUCAAAGGACUAACUUAUCCGUCGCUGGGAUAUUCGGUCCUGAACACAAGCUUGGGCUCACAGAAAUGCCUUUUGCUUCUGAUAUGGACAACAGGCCUGCGUACUUGGACAUGGAGGAGCUGUUGGACUUGAUGGAUCAUACACUAGCACUCCAGUCGGGUACAACGGUUGAUCAAGAAGGGAAAGCUCAACCAUGUGUAGACUUCCUCACCGUGCGCGGUUUACAUUUCAAAGCUGUUACCGGUGAGCGAGGUCGUUGCCAUCUAAUGGUAUCGCCCUCAGCUAUACCUGUACCUCCUGUGACUGUGGACAGAUACGGAAAUAUGACUUCCAUCCAAAGAGCGGCUGUACCGACCAUGCUUUAUCCGGAGUUCAUCUCAAGAAGGACGCGCAACGAUCCUGACGGGUGUUUUCCACGUCCGUUUGAGUCUCCAGUACAAGACGACAAUCAGUUUGUGCUACCUUCAGCAGAGAAUUGUCCUGAAUGUUCGCACACUUCGGAAGAUUAUGUUGAUAUGGACUUUGCGCGAACCUGUUUCAAAGGAUUACCAUCGGAACUUCAAGAAGAACUGAUUGAAUCGGAGGUUGACACUUCGAAGACGACUUAUUAUGCGCCUCGAAAACCUUCGAAAAUCAUGACCGAAGAAGAACUCAUCAAGUUGUUUUAA